GCGCGGCUCGGGGCCGGCGGCGCGCGGGGAUUGGUCGCGAGGCUGGCUGGGGAGAGGCGGGGCCGAGGCUUGAAGUUCGAGUGAGGGAUCCAGCUGUGGUGUGCGCCGGGCUCCUCGCCGCCGCUUUCGCUUGCUCGCUCCGCGUCUCGGCCGGAGGAGGAGGCAGUGGCGCCGGCGACAGCUACGGCAGCGGCAGCCACCGCGGCGGCUGCGGCGGCGGCAUCUCCGCCUCCACCCCCGCCCGGGACGGCCCCCCACCGUCUCCCCGCCCCUCCCGGACCGUGAGCCCGCCGCGGGGCGGAGGAAGGAGCCGCCCCCCACCCCCUCCAAACCCACCCCCAAAGAGAUCCCUCCUCCCCUCCCCCCGCCGCCGCUGGCGCGGAGCCGGGACGAUGCUGACCCCUUAGAUCCUGCUCCAGCUGCGCCGCGGGAAGAGGGGGCGCCCCUCCCCCGUAUCCCCAGCGCUCUGACCCCCUUCUCUCUCCCCCUCUCCCGGCCGCUUCGCCGAAGGUAGCGCCGAAUCGGGCGACCGGAGCCUGGGCGCGAAGCGAAGAAGCCGGAACAAAGUGAGGGGGAGCCGGCCGGCUGGCCCGGGGGGCCCCAGGAGCCCUGGGGAAGAGGGACUCGCGCCGGGCGGGGCUUCCCUGCGACCCGGCGCCCCGCGGGCAGCAUGCCCCUGCGGGCAGGGGGAGCUGGGCUGAACUGGCCCUCCCGGGGGCUCAGCCUGCGCCCUAGAGCCCCCCAGAUGCGCCCCCGCCGGGGCCCCCCGGUGGCGUGAGGACACCUCCUCUGAGGGGCGCCGCUCACCCCUCUCGAGACCGCCCGGGGCCCCGGCUGGCCAGAGGAUGGACGAGGAGGAUGGAGCGGGCACCGAGGAGUCAGGACAGCCCCGGAGCUUCAUGCGGCUCAACGACCUGUCGGGGGCCGGGGGCCGGCCGGGGCCGGGGUCGGCGGAAAAGGACCCGGGCAGCGCGGACUCCGAGGCGGAGGGGCUGCCGUACCCGGCGCUGGCCCCGGUGGUUUUCUUCUACUUGAGCCAGGACAGCCGCCCGCGGAGCUGGUGUCUCCGCACGGUCUGUAACCCCUGGUUUGAGCGCAUCAGCAUGUUGGUCAUCCUUCUCAACUGUGUGACCCUGGGCAUGUUCCGGCCAUGUGAGGACAUCGCCUGUGACUCCCAGCGCUGCCGGAUCCUGCAGGCCUUUGAUGACUUCAUCUUUGCCUUCUUCGCGGUGGAGAUGGUGGUGAAGAUGGUGGCCUUGGGCAUCUUCGGGAAAAAGUGUUACCUGGGAGACACUUGGAACCGGCUUGACUUCUUCAUCGUCAUUGCAGGGAUGCUGGAGUAUUCGCUGGACCUGCAGAACGUCAGCUUCUCAGCUGUCAGAACAGUCCGUGUGCUGCGACCGCUCAGGGCCAUUAACCGGGUGCCCAGCAUGCGCAUCCUUGUCACGCUGCUGCUGGACACACUGCCCAUGCUGGGCAACGUCCUGCUGCUCUGCUUCUUCGUCUUCUUCAUCUUCGGCAUCGUUGGCGUCCAGCUGUGGGCAGGGCUGCUUCGUAACCGAUGCUUCCUGCCGGAGAAUUUCAGCCUCCCCCUGAGCGUGGACCUGGAGCGCUAUUACCAGACGGAGAACGAGGACGAGAACCCCUUCAUCUGCUCCCAGCCGCGGGAGAACGGCAUGCGCUCGUGCAGGAGCGUGCCCACACUGCGCGGCGAGGGUGGCGGCGGCCCCCCCUGCAGCCUGGACUAUGAGGCCUAUAACAGCUCCAGCAACACCACCUGCGUCAACUGGAACCAGUACUACACCAACUGCUCCGCAGGGGAGCACAACCCCUUCAAGGGCGCCAUCAACUUCGACAACAUCGGCUAUGCCUGGAUUGCCAUCUUCCAGGUCAUCACGCUGGAGGGCUGGGUCGACAUCAUGUACUUUGUGAUGGAUGCUCAUUCCUUCUACAAUUUCAUCUACUUCAUCCUCCUCAUCAUCGUGGGCUCCUUCUUCAUGAUCAACCUGUGCCUGGUGGUGAUCGCCACGCAGUUCUCAGAGACCAAGCAGCGAGAAAGCCAGCUGAUGCGGGAGCAGCGCGUGCGGUUCCUGUCCAAUGCGAGCACCCUGGCCAGUUUCUCCGAGCCAGGCAGCUGCUACGAGGAGCUGCUCAAGUACCUGGUGUACAUCCUCCGGAAGGCGGCCCGCAGGCUGGCCCAGGUCUCCCGGGCAGUAGGCGUGCGGGCCGGGCUGCUGAGCAGCCCAGUGCCCCGUGCAGGCCAGGAGCCCCAGCCCGGCGGGAGCUGCUCUCGCUCCCACCGCCGUCCAUCCGUCCACCACCUGGUGCAUCAUCACCACCAUCACCACCACCACUACCACCUGGGCAAUGGGACACUGCGGCCCCCCCGGGCCAGCCCGGAGAUUCAGGACCGGGAUGCCAGUGGGUCCCGCCGGCUCAUGCUGCCACCGCCCUCGACGCCCGCCCUCUCCGGGGGCCCUCCGGGGGGCGCAGAGUCUGUGCACAGCUUCUACCAUGCCGACUGCCACCUGGAGCCAGUCCGCUGCCAGGCACCCCCUCCCAGGUCACCAUCUGAGGCAUCGGGCAGGACUGUGGGCAGCGGGAAGGUGUACCCCACUGUGCACACCAGCCCUCCCCCAGAGAUGCUGAAGGAGAAAGCACUAGUGGAGGUGGCCCCCACCUCUGGACCCCCCACGCUCACCAGCCUCAACAUCCCGCCCGGGCCCUACAGCUCCAUGCACAAGCUGCUGGAGACACAGAGCACAGGCACCUGCCAAAGCUCUUGCAAGAUCUCCAGCCCUUGCCUGAAGGCAGAGAGUGGAGCCCGUGGCCCAGACAGCUGCCCUUACUGCGCCCGGGCAGGGGUAGGGCAGGGGGAGCUCGCCGGCCAUGAGAUGCCUGACUCAGACAGCGAGGCGGUGUAUGAGCUCACACAAGACGCCCAGCACGGUGAUCCCCGGGACCCCCACAACCGGCACCGACGGAGCCUGGGGCUAGAAGUGGAGCCCAACUCCGUGCUGGCUUUCUGGAGACUGAUCUGUGACACUUUCCGGAAGAUUGUGGACAGCAAGUACUUUGGCCGGGGAAUCAUGAUUGCUAUCCUGGUCAACACGCUCAGCAUGGGCAUCGAGUACCACGAACAGCCCGAGGAGCUGACCAACGCUCUGGAAAUCAGCAACAUCGUCUUCACCAGCCUCUUUGCCCUGGAGAUGCUGCUGAAGCUGCUGGUGUACGGUCCCUUUGGCUACAUCAAGAACCCCUACAACAUCUUCGAUGGCGUCAUUGUUGUCAUCAGCGUGUGGGAGAUCGUGGGCCAGCAGGGGGGUGGCCUGUCGGUGCUGCGGACCUUCCGCCUGAUGCGGGUGCUGAAGCUGGUGCGCUUCCUGCCGGCACUGCAGCGACAGCUCGUGGUGCUCAUGAAGACCAUGGAUAACGUGGCCACCUUCUGCAUGCUGCUCAUGCUCUUCAUCUUCAUCUUCAGCAUCCUGGGCAUGCAUCUCUUUGGCUGCAAAUUUGCAUCGGAGCGGGACGGGGACACGCUGCCGGACCGGAAGAAUUUUGACUCCCUGCUCUGGGCCAUUGUCACCGUCUUUCAGAUCCUGACCCAGGAGGACUGGAACAAGGUGCUCUACAACGGGAUGGCCUCCACGUCAUCCUGGGCUGCUCUUUAUUUCAUUGCCCUCAUGACCUUUGGCAACUACGUGCUCUUCAAUCUGCUUGUCGCCAUUCUGGUGGAGGGCUUCCAGGCGGAGGGAGAUGCCACCAAGUCCGAAUCGGAGCCCGAUUUCUUCUCACCCAGCCUGGAUGGGAAUGGGGACAGGAAGAAGCCCAUGGCCUUGGUGUCCCUGGGGGAGCACCCGGAGCUGCGGAGGAACCUGCUGCCACCUCUUAUCAUCCACACGGCCGCCACACCCAUGUCGCUCCCCAAGAGUUCCAGCACCGGCCUGGCUGAGGUGGUGGGCCCCGCCUCCCGCCGCACCAGCAGCAGCGGGUCUGCUGAGCCAGGGGCGGCCCAUGAGAUGAAGUCACCGCCGAGCACCCGCAGCUCUCCACACAGCCCCUGGAGUGCAGCGAGCAGCUGGGCCAGCAGGCGCUCCAGCCGAAACAGCCUGGGCCAUGCCCCCAGCCUGAAGCGGAGGAGCCCGAGUGGGGAGCGGCGGUCCCUGUUGUCGGGCGAGGGCCGAGAGAGCCAGGACGAGGAGGAGAGCUCUGAAGAGGAGAGGGCCAGCCCGGCGGGCAGCGACCGGCGCCACGGGGGCUCCCUGGAGCGGGAGGCCAAGAACUCCUUUGACCUGCCGGACACGCUGCGGGUUCCCGCGCUGCACCGCACGGCCAGUGGCCGCAGCUCAGCCUCCGAGCACCAGGACUGCAACGGCAAGUCGGCCUCGGGGCGCCUGGCCCGGGCCCUGCGGCCCGACGACCCCCCACUGGAUGGGGACGAUGGCGAUGACGAGGGCAACCUGAGCAGAGGGGAGCGGAUGAGAGCAUGGGUCCGAGCCCGGCUGCCUGCCUGCUGCCACGAGCGAGACUCCUGGUCCGCGUACAUCUUCCCUCCUCAGUCAAGGUUCCGCCUCCUAUGUCACCGAAUCAUCACCCACAAGAUGUUCGACCAUGUGGUCCUUGUCAUCAUCUUCCUCAACUGCAUCACCAUCGCCAUGGAGCGUCCCAAGAUCGACCCCCACAGUGCUGAACGCAUCUUCCUGACCCUCUCCAAUUACAUCUUUACUGCAGUCUUUCUGGCAGAGAUGACCGUGAAGGUGGUAGCGCUGGGCUGGUGCUUCGGGGAGCAGGCGUACCUGCGUAGCAGCUGGAACAUCCUCGACGGGCUGCUGGUGCUCAUCUCCAUCAUCGACAUCCUGGUGUCCAUGGUCUCCGACAGCAGCACCAAGAUCCUGGGCAUGUUGAGGGUUCUGCGGCUACUGCGGACAUUGCGCCCACUCAGGGUCAUUAGCCGGGCCCAGGGGCUGAAGCUGGUAGUGGAAACGCUGAUGUCCUCGCUGAAACCCAUCGGCAACAUCGUGGUCAUCUGUUGUGCCUUCUUCAUCAUUUUUGGCAUCCUGGGGGUGCAGCUCUUCAAAGGGAAGUUCUUCGUAUGCCAAGGCGAGGACACCAGGAACAUCACCAACAAGUCUGACUGUGCUGAGGCCAGUUACCGGUGGGUCCGGCACAAGUACAACUUUGACAACCUCGGCCAGGCCCUGAUGUCCCUGUUCGUGCUGGCCUCCAAGGAUGGCUGGGUGGACAUCAUGUACGACGGGCUGGAUGCUGUGGGUGUGGACCAACAGCCCAUCAUGAACCACAACCCCUGGAUGCUGCUGUACUUCAUCUCGUUCCUGCUCAUUGUGGCCUUCUUUGUCCUGAACAUGUUUGUGGGCGUGGUGGUGGAGAACUUCCACAAGUGUCGGCAGCACCAGGAGGAGGAGGAGGCUCGGCGGCGGGAGGAGAAGCGUCUGCGGAGACUGGAGAAAAAGAGAAGGAAUCUAAUGCUGGACGAUGUAAUUGCUUCCGGCAGCUCAUCCAGCGCGGCGCCAGAGGCCCAGUGCAAGCCCUACUACUCAGACUACUCCCGCUUCCGGCUCCUCGUCCACCACUUGUGUACCAGCCAUUAUCUGGACCUCUUCAUCACGGGUGUCAUUGGGCUGAAUGUGGUCACCAUGGCCAUGGAACACUACCAGCAGCCCCAGAUCCUGGAUGAGGCCUUGAAGAUCUGCAACUACAUCUUCACCAUCAUCUUUGUCUUGGAGUCAGUUUUUAAACUCGUGGCCUUUGGCUUCCGUCGGUUCUUCCAGGACAGGUGGAACCAGCUGGACUUGGCCAUCGUGCUGCUAUCCAUCAUGGGCAUCACGCUGGAGGAGAUCGAGGUCAAUGCCUCGCUGCCCAUCAACCCCACCAUCAUCCGCAUCAUGAGGGUGCUGCGCAUUGCCCGAGUGCUGAAGCUACUGAAGAUGGCUGUGGGCAUGCGGGCGUUGCUGGACACGGUCAUGCAGGCCCUGCCCCAGGUGGGGAACCUGGGACUUCUCUUCAUGUUGUUGUUUUUCAUCUUUGCAGCUCUGGGUGUGGAGCUCUUUGGAGACCUGGAGUGUGAUGAGACGCACCCCUGCGAGGGCCUGGGCCGGCAUGCCACCUUUCGGAACUUUGGCAUGGCCUUCCUGACCCUCUUCCGAGUCUCCACGGGUGACAACUGGAAUGGCAUCAUGAAGGACACCCUCCGGGACUGUGACCAGGAGUCCACCUGCUACAAUACGGUCAUCUCCCCCAUCUACUUCGUGUCCUUCGUGCUGACGGCCCAGUUUGUGCUGGUCAACGUGGUGAUCGCCGUGCUGAUGAAGCACCUGGAGGAAAGCAACAAGGAGGCCAAAGAGGAGGCUGAGCUGGAGGCUGAGCUGGAGCUGGAGAUGAAGACGCUUAGCCCACAGCCCCACUCGCCGCUGGGCAGCCCCUUCCUCUGGCCUGGGGUCGAGGGCCCCGACAGCCCCGACAGCCCCAAGCCUGGGGUCCCGCACACUGCGGCCCACGCUGGAGCAGCCUCGCGCUCUUCCCUGGAGCACCCCACGGACAGACAGCUGUUUGACACCAUAUCCCUGCUGAUCCAGGGCUCCCUGGAAGGGGAGCUGAAGCUGAUGGACGAGCUGGCAGGCCCUGGGGGCCAGCCCUCUGCCUUCCCUCCCGCCCGCAGCCCGGGCGGCUCCGACCCACAGAUCCCUCUAGCUGAGAUGGAGGCUCUGUCUCUGACGUCAGAGAUUGUGUCUGAACCAUCCUGCUCUCUAGCUCUGACGGAUGACUCUUUGCCUGAUGACACUCACACACUCUUACUUAGUGCCCUGGAGAGCAAUAUGGAGCCCCACCCCGAGGAGAUGCCCCUGGCAUUGGGACCAGACCUGCUGACCGUACGGAAGUCUGGGGUCAGCCGGACGCACUCCCUGCCCAAUGACAGCUACAUGUGCCGGGAUGGAAGCGGCGCCGAGGGGUCCCUAGGUCGCAGAAGCUGGGGGCUCCCCAAAGCUCAGUCAGGCUCUGUCUUGUCCGUCCACUCCCAGCCAGCAGACACCAGCUACAUCUUGCAGCUUCCCAAAGACACACCCCACCUGCUCCAGCCUCACGGCGCUCCCCCCUGGGGCACCAUCCCCAAACUGCCCCCACCAGGCCGCUCCCCUUUGGCUCAGAGACCCCUCAGACGCCAGGCAGCAAUAAGGACUGAUUCCCUGGACGUGCAGGGCCUGGGCAGCCGGGAAGACCUGCUGUCCGAGGUGAGUGGGCCCUCCCCGCCUCGGGUCCGCGCCUCCUCCUUCUGGGGCCACCUGGGCACCCAGGCGCAGCAGCAUCCCCUCCAUCAGAGCACGAUCUCGAAGCACAGGCCCCCGCCGGCCCCCUGCCCAGGCUCAGAACCCACUUGGAGCAAAGGCCCCCCGGAGACCAGAAGCAGCUUAGAGCUGGACACGGAGCUGAGCUGGAUUUCAGGAGACCUCCUGACCGUGGACAGCCAGGAGGAGCCCCCGUGCGCACGGGACCUGAAGAAGUGUUACAGCGUGGAGGCCCGGAGCUGCCGGCGCAGGCCUGCGUCCUGGCUGGAUGAGCAGAGAAGGCACUCCAUUGCGGUCAGCUGCCUGGACAGCGCCUCCCAACCCGGUCUGGGCCCUGACCCCUCCAGCCUUGGGGGCCAGCCUCUUGGGGGGCCUGGAAGCCGGCCCAAGAAAAAACUCAGCCCACCUAGUAUCUCCAUAGACCCCCCAGAGAGUCAGGGCCCUCGGCCCCCGCCCAGCCCCGGCGUCUGCCUCCGGCGGAGGGCUCCGUCCAGCGACUCCAAGGAUCCCUCGGCCUCCGGCCCCCCUGACAGCAUGGCUGCCUCGCCCUCCCCAAAGAAAGACGUGCUGAGUCUCUCCGGUUUAGCCUCUGACCCAGCAGACCUGGAGCCCUGAGUCCUGCCCCACUCCCCCACUCACCUUUCUCCACUGGGUGCCAAAUCCUAGCUCCUCCUCCUGGGCUAUGCUCCUGAAAAACGUUCCAUAUGGACUCCAAGGAGGCGCUCCUCCCCGCCUCAGUGGCGCUGGGAACCGACAAGCAGAAUUUCCAGAACGUUCAGAGCAGCGGCCUGGCCACCCUGGACCCAGGCAGAGAGAGAGAGGCCCAGUGCAGCUGAGGUUCCCAACACCAGGAGCUACUGGGAGAAAGCAAUACGUUUGUGCAGAAUCUCUAUGUAUAUUCUAUUUUAUUAAAUUAAUUGAAUCUAGUAUAUGCGGGAUGUACGACAUUUUGUGACUGAAGAGACUUGUUUCCUUCUACUUGUAUGUGUCUCAGAAUAUUUUUGAGGCGAAGGCGUCUGUCUCUUGGCUAUUUUAACCUAAAAUAACCAGUCUAGUUAUAUUCCCUCUUCUUGCAAAGCACAAGCUGGGACCGAGAGUGCAUUUCAGCCCUGCCGGUGGCCCAUCUUCAGCGGAGAGUGAGAACCACUUUGGAAACUGUAAUGUAACUUAUUUUCUCCUUUAACCUUGCCAUCAUUUUCUGUAGGAAAAAAAAGAGAAAAAGAGAAAAAUAAGAUUUUACAAAUGAA